AUGCCCGAGGAACAAUGGAGGGAUGAAUUGCAAGAGUAUGCACUUCUUGUAGAAGCCGUUUCUAGCGGAGAUAGAUCUAAGGUUGUCAAACUUUUCGGCGACUAUAUACUACGGAAAAAAGCAGCAGAGGCAAUUGAAGAAGCAGAGGCAGAAAUAGAGGCAGAGGCAGCUGUUGAAAAUGAAUAUGUCGACGAGGAGGAUAACCAGCGGGAUCUGAACGAGGACGAUCAUGAAGAAGGUCUCGACUCGGGCGAAGCCUACGAAGAAGAUUACACGGCCGAAGACUACGAAAACCACUAUGAUGAAGACGAGCCUGGUGCACAUGAACGGACCCCAGGGAAGCGAGUCACAUUUGCCGACGAUGAAGGAGGUGGCGGAGAAGAUGAAGAAGAAUACUACGAUGAUGAAGGCAACCCACUGUAUGAUGAUCAAGGAAAUGGAUAUGGUGACCCAGACAAUGGCUACUAUGAAGAAGAAUAUAACCCAGAUGGAUACGUUGGUGGUGAAAAAACUAUUCCUUACAUGUCUGGGGCUCUGUCUUCGGAACAUAACGAGAGCAACGAGUACGACCAAGGAACAUACGGCGAAGGAUUUGACUAUGAUGAUAAUACGCAGUCGUACGAUCAAGGAGAUCAGUUUGAAAACGCGAAUAUUCAGGAUAUGGGCCACCAAGAACAGUAUCAGGACUAUUACGGCUCAUCGAACGUGGCUGGUGGUUACGAGGGGAACGGAUAUCAUGAUUCAGCACAAGUCGAGGGCUUCUAUGAUUACGAUGUGAAUCAACAGGACGGAGGUGAGUGGAGCAGCGCUGUUAAUGAGAACGAACGGGUCACAGAUGAUGAAGUACAGGACAAUGGUAUGAACAACAACAACUAUGAAUUUGACAACUCAUACAAUGAGGAAGUGCCAAAUUUUCAAGCAGACGAGCUCAACGAGCUUAACGGUUUGAUGAACAGGCUCCAGCUAACAAUGAAUGCUCAUGAAUAUGAUGGUGGAGAAGAAAGGCAGGGCCAAGAUUAUGCUGAGAACGGCUACCCUGAGUAUGAACUUGGGGUGCAUAAAGGCAAUUCAACAGGACUUGGAGAUACUCAUCAGCAGUCCCCUUACCCCGAUCAUGAGGAAGAAUCAGUCCGAAAAAGAAGUAUUGCGGUACUGCCGCCCUACGCGGACAAUGAAGAAGGACGCAGCAGCAAUAACCCUAGUUCUGCUCAGCCUCGAGAUCUUGUCUAUGAGGAGUCAAUCGAUGACAAGGAUAUAGACGACUUUGAUUUCUGGGAUGAUGGUCCUGCGAAUCAGGCUAACGUCCAAGGAUGUCUUGAAGAUUUAGAUUGGGUUCAAGAACAGCUCUGGGAUGAUAGCCUGAACAAAGAUUUAAGCAGGCGAAGGGACAAUAUUGCUCUUGACAACGAAGAUCUCGAAGAAUAUGACGAAGAUUACAAUGAUGAGGAAGGGUACGAUGAAGGGAAUCACGAUGGAAACUCCCUUUCGCAGACGGACAGUACAGAAAGGGUAUGGGUCGAUUCUGUACGUCCCCAUUAUGAUGCCGAUACGGCUCCAUUUCCAGGUUUCCAUCGAACAAUCAGCAAUGACCAAGUACUGCCAUAUGCAAUACUACCGGGCGACAGGUUUGACACAAACAUGAGACGUGACCCUAUAGAAGAGGUCAACCCCACUUACAACGUAUUUGACACCGGUCAGCGAUUCUACGACCACUACAGCGAUAACCGCGAGGACCGCAAGCGUGAUCCAAAGAGGAGAAAUCAGAGAGGAACUCUUCAUCCAAUGUCUUUAGUCGAUAAAUUCCGCGAGAGGCUCUAUGCGAAUUGA